GCUGCUGCACCCUCCCUCCUGCACCACCAACACGACGGCAGCAGCGGCAGCAGCAGCAGCUCCUCCUGUCACCACCGGGACUGCCUGUCCUCAGAGGCAGAGUUUUGCAGCAAUAAACCCUUCGUACAGACCAACGACCUGCCGACAAGAUGGUGAACUUCACUGUGGAUCAGAUCCGGGCCAUCAUGGACAAGAAGUCCAACAUCCGGAACAUGUCCGUGAUUGCCCACGUGGAUCAUGGGAAGUCCACGCUGACUGACUCACUGGUGUCCAAAGCGGGGAUCAUUGCUUCGUCCCGCGCCGGAGAGACUCGCUUCACAGACACCCGCAAAGACGAGCAGGAGCGCUGCAUCACCAUCAAAUCCACGGCCAUCUCUCUGUACUACGAGCUGGAAGAGAACGACCUGGCGUUCAUCAAGCAGUGUAAAGAUGGAAGCGGCUUCCUCAUCAACCUGAUUGACUCCCCGGGUCACGUUGACUUCUCCUCUGAGGUCACCGCUGCCCUCAGGGUCACUGAUGGAGCCCUGGUGGUGGUGGACUGUGUCUCAGGUGUGUGCGUGCAGACUGAGACCGUGCUGCGGCAGGCCAUCGCUGAGCGCAUCAAGCCGGUGCUGAUGAUGAACAAGAUGGACCGCGCCCUGCUAGAGCUUCAGCUGCAGACGGACGAGCUCUACUCGACUUUCCAACGCAUCGUGGAGAACGUCAACGUCAUCAUCUCCACCUACGGAGAGGAUGAGGGUGGACCCAUGGGCAACAUCAUGAUUGAUCCUGUCAUUGGUACAGUCGGGUUCGGCUCCGGCCUCCAUGGCUGGGCUUUCACCUUGAAGCAGUUCGCUGAGAUGUACGUGGCUAAAUUCACCAAAGGAGAAUGUAAGCUGGGACCGGCGGAGAGGUGUAAGAAAGUGGAGGACAUGAUGAAGAAACUGUGGGGUGACAGAUAUUUUGACCCAAAAGCCGGCAAGUUCAGUAAGACCGCCACGGGUCCCAACGGCGAGAAGCUUCCCCGCACCUUCUGCCAGCUCGUUCUGGACCCCAUCUUCAAGGUGUUUGACGCCAUCAUGAAUUUCAAGAAGGACGAGACGGCCAAACUCAUCGAUAAACUUGGCGUCAAACUGGACUCGGAGGACAAGGAGAAGGAGGGGAAGCCCCUGCUGAAGGCUGUGAUGCGACGCUGGCUGCCUGCCGGAGAGGCUCUGCUCCAGAUGAUCACCAUCCACCUGCCCUCCCCCGUCACUGCACAGAAGUACCGCUGUGAGCUGCUUUACGAAGGGCCGGGAGACGACGAGGCCGCCAUGGGUAUUAAGAACUGCGACCCGAAGGCUCCUCUGAUGAUGUACAUUUCCAAGAUGGUCCCAACCAGCGACAAGGGUCGCUUCUAUGCUUUCGGUCGUGUGUUCUCUGGCAGCGUGUCCACCGGACUGAAGGUUCGAAUCAUGGGGCCAAACUUCACCCCUGGCAAGAAGGAGGAUCUCUACAUCAAACCCAUCCAGAGGACCAUUCUGAUGAUGGGCCGGUACGUGGAGCCUAUUGAUGAUGUCCCAUGUGGCAACAUCGUGGGUCUGGUUGGUGUCGACCAGUUCCUGGUUAAGACAGGGACCAUUACCACGUAUGAUCAGGCCCACAACAUGAGGGUGAUGAAGUUCAGCGUGAGCCCCGUGGUCAGAGUUGCCGUGGAGGCCAAGAACCCCGCUGACCUGCCCAAGCUGGUGGAGGGACUGAAGCGUCUGGCCAAGUCGGACCCCAUGGUGCAGUGCAUCAUCGAGGAGUCCGGGGAGCACAUCAUCGCUGGAGCCGGAGAGCUGCACCUCGAGAUCUGCCUGAAGGACCUGGAGGAGGAUCACGCCUGCAUUCCACUGAAGAAAUCAGACCCAGUCGUGUCUUACAGAGAGACAGUGAUGGAAGAAUCAGACCAGAUGUGUCUGUCCAAGUCCCCCAACAAGCACAAUCGGCUCUUCAUGAAGUCCCGCCCGUUCCCCGACGGCCUGGCUGAAGACAUCGAGAAAGGGGACGUCACCGCUCGACAGGAGCUCAAGGCGCGUGCCCGUUACCUCGCCGAGAAGUAUGAGUGGGAGGUGGCAGAGGCCAGGAAGAUCUGGUGCUUCGGUCCAGACGGCACCGGGGCCAACCUGCUGAUAGACAUGACAAAGGGGGUCCAGUACCUCAACGAGAUCAAGGACAGCGUGGUGGCCGGGUUCCAGUGGGCGACUAAAGAGGGUGCUCUAUGUGAGGAGAACAUGCGCGCAAUCCGCUUUGACAUUCAUGACGUGACGCUGCACGCAGACGCCAUCCACCGCGGCGGAGGACAGAUUAUUCCCACAGCUCGUAGGGUCCUGUACGCCUGCCAGCUCACUGCCCAGCCACGACUCAUGGAGCCCGUAUACCUGGUGGAGAUCCAGUGCCCGGAGCAGGUGGUCGGUGGGAUCUACGGUGUGUUGAACAGGAAACGAGGUCACGUGUUUGAGGAGACGCAUGUGGUGGGAACUCCCAUGUUUGUAGUGAAAGCCUUCCUCCCUGUCAACGAGUCCUUCGGCUUCACAGCUGACCUGCGCAGCAACACUGGAGGCCAGGCCUUUCCUCAGUGCGUGUUCGACCACUGGCAGAUUCUCCAGGGAGACCCCACCGACCCCGCCAGCAGACCCUACCAGAUUGUCGGGGAUAUCAGGAAACGCAAAGGUCUGAAAGAGGGCAUCCCCGCCCUUGACAACUACUUGGACAAACUGUAAACACUGACCCCUGGAUUAUAAAAUACCAAAUCAAUCUCUAAACCCUACCCCGUGGGCACUUUAAAAAUCUUUGCACAGGCUUACAGAUACAUCGCACAAUUUCUUUUGACUGGAGCAGAAACAAAGCUUAGGCUUCUGUUGUAGGCUAGUGGAGGCAGCAGUGCUUUUUUUCAUUUCACAGCUACAGUACACCAAGUGCCUAGGGCGAGGGUUUUGGGGAACAAUUGGAUCAAAGCAGUCGUAUCUCUCGUUUCUUCUCUUCCUCCACAUCAUCCCCCCCCCUCUCAUCUGCCAGGAUGGGUCUGUACAGUGCACUGUGAUACUGCUGCAAUAAUGCAUAUUGUAAAUGGAACAAGGCCAGAUGAAACAAUUGAAACCACCAAUAAAGUGUUACAGACAUCAAAAUCCCUGGAUUGGACCUUUGUUCAGUGGAUGAAAUUAAUAAAAAUGUUCGACUCACGAUGAAAA